CGGCUGCAAUGCGCCCCCCAUGUCUCCGACUCUCCGGGGCCCCAAAUUCCCCCAACUGCGCUUUUUUUCCAGCUUGGCCAUGCUUGAUUGUCCAAAACUUUUUUCUUUCCCCUUCGUCUUUCCUCUCAACCACUUCACGCUCUCCAAUUCAUAACCCACAUACCAGUCAUGGCUCCUGCUAUGCGUCUAGCGACCUCCGCCCUGAGGGGCUCAUUGAAGGCGCCAUCGCUUGUUUACAGAAACAGCGCCUUCGCGGCCGCCAGAUGCUACUCCUCGAAAACUCAGACAUUGAAGGAGCGCUUCGCAGAGCUCCUGCCCGAGAAGAUCGAGCAGAUCAAGGCGCUGCGGAAGGAGCAUGGUUCCAAGGUCGUCGACAAGGUCACCCUUGACCAAGUAUAUGGCGGCGCCCGCGGCAUCAAGUGCUUGGUGUGGGAAGGCUCCGUCCUCGACGCCGAGGAGGGUAUUCGCUUCCGCGGCAAGACCAUCCCGGAAUGCCAGCAGCUUCUGCCGAAGGCUCCCGGUGGCAAGGAGCCUCUUCCCGAAGGCCUCUUCUGGCUUCUGCUGACCGGCGAGGUCCCGACGGAACAGCAAGUCCGCGACCUCUCUGCUGACUGGGCCGCUCGAUCCGAGAUCCCCAAGUUCGUCGAGGAGCUGAUCGACCGCUGCCCGACCGACCUCCACCCCAUGGCCCAGUUCUCUAUGGCUGUCACCGCGCUCGAGCAGACCUCGUCCUUCGCCCGUGCCUAUGCCAAGGGUGUUCACAAGAAAGAUUACUGGGGCUACACUUUCGAGGACUCGAUGGACCUCAUUGCCAAGCUCCCCACCAUUGCUGCCCGCAUCUAUCAGAACGUGUUCAAGGGCGGCAAGGUCGUGCCUGCCGAGAAGGACAAGGACUAUGCCUACAACUUCGCCAACCAGCUCGGCUUCGGCAGCAACGCCGACUUCGUCGAGCUCCUGCGUCUGUACCUGACUAUUCACACCGACCACGAGGGCGGCAACGUCAGCGCUCACACCACCCACCUGGUCGGCAGCGCUCUGAGCUCUCCGUUCCUGUCCCUAGCUGCUGGCCUGAACGGUCUUGCCGGUCCUUUGCACGGCCUUGCUAACCAGGAAGUCCUCAACUGGCUCACCGAGAUGAAGAAGGUUAUCGGCGACGACCUCAGCGACGAGGCCAUCACCAAGUACCUGUGGGAUACGCUGAACGCUGGCCGUGUCGUUCCCGGCUACGGCCACGCCGUUCUCCGCAAGACCGACCCGCGCUACACUGCGCAGCGCGAGUUCGCUCAGGAGAAGAUGCCCAACGACCCUAUGUUCCAGCUGGUCAGCCAGGUCUACAAGAUCGCGCCCAAGGUCCUCACCGAGCACGGCAAGACCAAGAACCCGUGGCCCAACGUCGAUGCCCAUUCUGGUGUUCUCCUCCAGUACUAUGGCCUGACCGAGGCCAACUACUACACUGUCCUCUUCGGCGUCUCGCGUGCCAUUGGUGUCUUGCCUCAACUGAUCAUUGACCGUGCCGUUGGCGCGCCGAUCGAGCGGCCCAAGAGCUUCUCGACCGAGAAGUGGAUCGAAAUCUGCAAGAAGCUGUAAAGGGCUGUAAUAUAAGCGCAUGGCGCAUAUCGGGACGGGGUUGCUGGGACAUGGCGUGUAGGGUUCGUUUACUGUUGUUUCAGUAUAGAAUGGAUGGGAUCUCUAGCGGCGACUACAGCCCGACACGGAGGGUAUGGUAGACUGGGUGGAUGGCUACCCAUUGUAUGUUUGUACGAUACAAGUCCGUAAUCCGGGACCUUCGGGGAAUGAAUAUCCAUCUGAUUCCAUGCCCUAUCGUUCCGACGCGUGGUCAGCAAAAUGCAAGGCUGAGUGUGCAGGCACUACACUGCAUGCUGCGCGACUUCGGACAAUGAGCG